GCACCAGCUUCACUUCCGCUGCUCCACAUGCACCGGUGUACACAAGUGACACUAAAGCAGUAAGCUAGUUGGGUACCAAACUAUACUUAUACUGAAUUUGUUGGUUUAGUUUUUAGCUACAUUUAUAGUUGAGGGGAACAUGCUUCUCUUUUGUCCAACCUGCGGGAAUGUUUUAAUUGUCGAGGAAGGACAGAAGUGCAUGAGAUUUGCCUGCAACACCUGUCCGUAUGUUCACAACAUCACAAGAAAGGUAAAUUACAGGAACUUUCCCAAGCUGAAAGAGGUGGAUGAUGUACUUGGUGGCGCUGCUGCUUGGGAAAACGUUGACUCAACUCCUGAAACUUGUCCAAAGUGUGGGCAUUUGCGGGCAUAUUUCAUGCAGAUUCAGACCAGAUCAGCUGAUGAACCGAUGACCACCUUCUACAAAUGCUGCAAAGCCCAGUGUGGACACAGAUGGAGAGACUAAAGCAUCAGCACUUUGAAAAUUGUAUUUAAUAUAAAAAUGAUGUUUAUGUUAAGAUGUUAAGAUAAUACCUUCAUAUUAGUUUUGUGCAUUCUUCUGAUGAUUCCCAUUUAUUUUGUUUUUGUGUGUGCAGGGGAGACUUACAAACGGUUUUCACUUUGCAGACAUAGUUCAUUUUCCAAAACAACAUUAAAAUGAGUUUCAAAGAAAAA